CACAUUCGCAUAUUCAAACAUCAUCCACACUUUGCUUCGUUUGUUCCUUCAACUCAUCAAAUAGUCUAAUUUAAUUCCCUCUUCAUUUGGUUCCAUUACGUCCCAACAAUGAAAGACAAGUUCUACGGCACCAUUCUUCAGAGCGAUGCUCUCGCUAAGUACUUGUUGGAGACAAGUGCUUAUCCGAGAGAGCACGAACAACUCAAAGAACUCAGAAAUGCUACUGUCGACAAGUAUCAAUAUUGGAGCUUGAUGAAUGUGCCAGCCGACGAGGGCCAAUUUCUUUCUAUGCUCUUGAAAAUUAUGAACGCGAAGAAGACGAUUGAAGUUGGAGUGUUUACGGGUUACUCACUUCUCUCUACUGCUCUUGCUCUCCCUGAUGAUGGCAAAAUAAUAGCAAUUGAUCCAGAUAGGGAAGCAUACGAGACUGGACUGCCAUUUAUCCAGAAAGCAAACAUGACCCAUAAAAUUCAGUUCAUUCAAUCCGAUGCUAUGAAAGUCAUGAAUGAUUUCCUCGCCAAGGGAGAGGAAGGAACAUUCGACUUUGCAUUUGUGGAUGCUGACAAGGAGAACUACAUCAACUACCAUGAGUUGUUGUUGAAACUGGUUAAGGUUGGAGGAAUCAUAGCUUACGACAACACCCUGUGGUCGGGCACAGUGGCAGCGUCUGAAGAUGAUGAGAUGCAAGACUACUUGAAGGGGUGCAGAGGGCAUAUCAUGAAGUUGAACUCCUUUCUGGCAAAUGAUGGUCGCAUCGAAUUAGCUCAUCUCUCCAUUGGAGACGGACUCACUUUGUGCAAGCGUCUCAAAUGACCCAAGUUUUAAUCUAUAUAUAUGUUAUCCAACUUUAGACAUUGUAUUCAAAAGCAAACUACUUCAAAUUGUACUAUAUAUAUCAUUCCUGGUAUUUGUAUUUUUACAUGCAACUGUAUUUCCUACACUGUCAACUCAUUUCAUUUAAACGCCCGUUAGUUUUUGUUGAUUA